AUGUUGUGGGUUGACAAGUACCGCCCCAAGUCCCUGGAGGAGGUGGAUCUCUACCCGGAGCUCACACAGGUGCUGAGGCGCCUCGCCGAGUCGCAGGACUUCCCACAUUUACUCCUCUACGGCCCGUCAGGAACAGGGAAGAAGACACGCGCGAUGGCGGUCUUGCAACACAUUUACGGUCCUUCCGUUUACUCAUUACGACUGGAGCACAAAUCUGUGCAGGUAACAGACAGCAAAGUGGUGGAUAUAGCUACAUUAAGUUCUCCAAAUCAUAUUGAUAUUAACCCCUCUGAUGCUGGUAACUAUGAUCGUGUCAUUGUAAUGCAAAUGAUUCGAGAAAUUGCUCAAACAGUUGCCUUACAGUCUAAUUCUUCUAAUGGUGUUAAAUUCAAGGUUGUGCUUCUGAAUGAGGUGGAUAAAAUGGGACGAGCUGCUCAACAUGCUCUUCGUAGGACUAUGGAAAAGUACAUGUCAACAUGUAGAUUGAUACUUAUAUGCAAUUCAACUUCACGUCUUAUUGCACCUCUACGUUCAAGAUGUUUGGCCGUCCGUGUCCCAUCGCAUUCUAGGGAAAAUUUCACUAAAGUAAUACAUGCAGUGUGUGAAAGGGAAAGUCAACCAAUACCCUCACCUGCUUUUAUGGCUACUCUAUCACAACGAGCAGAGGGCAAUCUGCGCCGUGCAUUGUUAAUGGUAGAAGCAGCUGUUAUGAAUAAAGUGGAAUUGGCAGGAAAUGGUAUUGACAUUCCACAACCCGAUUGGCAGGUAUUUCUUGAUGAAAUCGCCAAUGACAUUAUUACGGAACAAACACCGAAAAAAUUACAUGGGGUUCGUGGCAAGUUCUACGACCUUCUUGGUCAAUGUAUUUCCAGUGAAGUCAUUCUGAGGGGAAUUGUGGAAAAGUUAAUGUCCACUGUUGAACCGGAGCUUCGCAAACCCAUCAUUGUCCUCGCGGCACAGUAUGAUCAUAACAUGAAACUUGGUACAAAAUCUAUUCUUCAUCUGGAAGCUUUUGCUGCAGGUGUCAUGCAACUUAUGAAGAAGGCAUAA